UCACAAAACUCGUACAACUGUUAUCAUGGCCCGCCUGCGCAACGUCAUCAGCGGUACAAUGCGCACAGAUGGUGCACUUUAGCAACCUCAAUAUUCCAGUAUCACAAGGAAGACGACAAAUACGCAUUCGUGGCCAACGAGAAUCCAAACUGAAUUUUCCAAAAAUUCAACGAGAUAAGACUAAUUUCAUCUACAUCUUCACAAAUUCUCCGCAUAAUUCCGUCGAUUCUUCACCUCGUCACCGUUAGAUGACGUCAUCUUCACCUCUCCACUGGCAGUUUUCUCAGGUCUUCGGCGAACGUAGUCCCGACGAAGACGUUGAAAACAUUGAUGUCAUAUCUGCUAUUGAGUUUGAUAAAACUGGUGAUUAUCUUGCUGUUGGUGAUCGAGGAGGACGUGUUGUUAUUUUCGAAAAGGAUCCCGGUAAAGAUGUUGUGCAACGUCCUGAAUAUCGAUACAAGACCGAAUUCCAGAGUCAUGAGCCCGAGUUUGAUUAUUUAAAAAGUGUUGAUAUUGAAGAGAAGAUUAACAAGAUGAAAUGGUGCAUGAACUUGAAUGGGUCGCUCUUUAUACUUUCAACGAACGACAAAACCAUCAAACUUUGGAAGGUUAAGGAACAAAAAGUCAAGAAAGUCAAAGAAAUGGACCUCGGUCCAUAUGUUUCUUCAGAAAGUUCUCUUUUGUCAGAAAGCAGUUUUGUAAGAUCGUCGGUUUCCAAUGGUCAUCAGCUAGAAUGGAUUGAUAAUAAGGGGACAAAUAUCGCACCUUCAAAUGGGCAAAAUGUCGUCGGGGAUGCUGCACUUGCAAGAUGCCGGAAGAUGUAUGCACACGCUCAUGAUUAUAAUAUCAACUCUAUUUCUAUAAAUAGUGACGAGGAAACGUUUAUUUCUGCGGAUGACCUUAGGAUAAACUUAUGGAAUCUUGAGGUUAGUGACCAAUGUUUUAAUAUCAUCGACAUGAAGCCGUCAAAUAUGGAGGAUCUUACAGAGGUGAUAACAUCGGCUGAGUUCCAUCUCCUGCAUUGUAAUCUGCUUGCUUAUAGUAGUUCAAGGGGUUUUAUUCGGCUAGUAGACAUGAGACAAUCUGCAUUAUGUGACCGUAGUGCUAUAAUGUUGCAGGAUGCUGAUCCCCGAGGGCCGAAAACUUUCUUUACAGAAAUCGUAGCAUCAAUUUCUAAUAUAAAGUUUUCAACAGAUGGAAGAUACAUCUUAAGUCGUGACUACAUGAAUUUAAAGCUGUGGGAUAUGCGGAUGUCAACCUCACCCGUUGUCACGUAUAAGAUUCAUGAGCAUCUUUACCCAAAGUUAUGUGACUUGUAUAAUAAUGACGCCAUAUUUGAUAAGUUUGAUUGUUGCAUUAGCGGAGACGGGAGUCACUUUGCAACCGGAUCAUAUAGCAAUAAUAUGAGAAUAUUCCGUAAUGGCGUUGGAAGCGAAGAAGGAACUACAGUGGAAGCUAGAAGAAACCCUUACCGAAAGCAACCGCAACAGGCAGCUUCAAGACCUCGGAGAUCAUCGUUGAGCAACCUGGCACGUGGAUUAUACCGACAAGGUACUGAUAUUUCGGACACGGGAAUUAACGAAUUUUCAUGCGAUGUGAAGUCAAAGUUACUGCAUUUAGCAUGGCACCCGAAGGCCAAUCUGAUAGCAUGCUCUACCGGAAACAGUCUGUACAUGUACUAUGCAUAAGAUCGAAAAAAAGAGGAGUAAAUUGCGAUAACGUCAACUAAAUACCGAGAAAUAUUUUGUUUCACAUUUUUGAGUCAAAUGAGUAUGAUCAUGAAAAUUAUGCUUACAGAAUUGUGAUUUUGUAACCAUGAUAUUAGACGAAAUACUGGAAUAAUAUUAGAGUUCAGAAAAAAUCUUUUGCUUUUGGAUAUUACAAUAAUCUCCAUUGAUUUGUGAUUAAA